GGUGAGCCCCACAUGGCUGAGCCUGGCUGUGAGACCUCUUGGGAGGAAAGCCUGGUUACGGAGGAGCCAGGCGGCAGCCUAUCAGGAGAGCCCUCAGCAGGAGCAGCCGAGGCGCCAAUGCCGUUACCGCCGCUGCCGCCGUCACCACCGCCACCGCUGCAGUCACCACCGCCACCACCACCAACUCCGCCGCCGGGUCCGCUGCUCAGGCAGUUUCGCCACCUAUUUCCCAGGGUUCUGAAGAAGGUUCAUGAGGGCCUGAGCCUCUCGCAGAAGGCCCUGAGAGUCACAGAUUCGUUCAUUAAUGACAUCUUCGAGCGCAUCAUCGACGAGGCCUCUCGCCUGGCCCACUCCACCAUCACCUCCAGGGAGAUCCAGACCGCCAUGCAUCUGCUGCUGCCAGGGGGGAUUGGCAAGCAUGUCGUGUCUGAGGCCUCCGAGGCCUUCAUCUGGUACGCCAGACGCCAAUGAACAGACGCCAAUGAACAGCUGACCCUCUGACCACCCCACAAAACAAAGGCUCUUUUCAGAGCUACCUCACUUGUCGGGGAAAGACCUGUAGCUCCCCACAACGCCACCUACUCCAGCGUUUGGCCCUAUGCCAUGCUGCCCAUCCUUAAAGCACGUUCACCGUGGGCAGAACAUGACAAAAUGUUGUCAAGUCCACUUUAAUAUACGUGUGUGGUGUGGACCGUUAGGAUUUCCUUGGCCGGGUUGCAUUUUGUCACUUUCCUAAAUGGCCCGUUCCUUCAGGCCAGCCUCUUCUGGUAUCUUUUUGGUCACAGCUGUGUGUCCACAGUGAUUUGACUUGCCUUAAGUAUUCUCCUUCUCCCUCUUGUGUCGAGUGGUAUCAUCAAGAGAUUUGUUUGAGUUUGUGAUACAGCAAUGAGUGAAGUGCUGUAGCAGAUCCCGAACUGACACAUAGCGCAUUCACACUCCCCCAACAGAGCCUCUCGUCCAAAUUCAACUACACACAUACAAGAGGACCCAAACACUGUGCCGAAAACUCAAUCAAACGACCUCGAAUCGUGGCCUACUCGAGCUCCCCACCUUGGGAAAGGCCGAUUUUACUGCACUCACAUUUAUCUGAUUCCGUUCCUUGGUAGCCUAUACUCUUGCACUUUUGACCCCAAAUCUUCCUGAACCACGACUACGCAUGGCUGAUGGGAUCGUCCAAUGAGAGCAGCUGUGCUCCCAGCCGCUGCUAGCAGCAGCCAAUCAGCAACUGGCAGCACAUGAUCCGUGGCCAUUGGCCCAAAGGGUGGUGGGGUGACCAGGGCUGAACCAAUAACAGCCUUCCUCGGACACCCAGCCUGGAGAUUGAAGGGGGAAGGUGGCAUGAUUGUCUGCCUGGGGGUUUCUGGUCAAGCUCUUGCUUUGAACCAGUGUGGUUGGAGUAUAAACAUCCAGAUGUCACGGUGGGACAAGUCCCUAUCGUUUUUUGCAUCCAGAUAGGCAGAGGCUGUUUGGAAAUUAAGGGAACUAAGAUGAUUCCUUCCUCUACCUCAAGUGAUCUGAUGGGUCGGAGGACUUAGGAUAAUGGUAAUGCGCUUUACUACCCACUGUGUUUUUUCCUUCUUGCACGGGCUCUCCACCACCACCCCUUUUUUUCCUUUUCCUAUAGGUACAUGCUGAAUUUCAAAGCAGUUCGUGAUUAUCCAAGUACGUUUUAUUUCAUUGAUUCCUAGCUUCCUAUAUCU